CUGAGUGCAGCUCAAGGUGUUCAGUCGACAUGUUUUUAAAGCAUUUAACAAAUUAUCUUUUAGUUUUGACUUUAAUUUAUCUUUUAACAGAUACAGGUGCUGUGAAUGUUACCAGAGGGGAAACUGCAAGUCUGUCCUGCCUCUCAAAUUCUGAAAAGUUUGAAAGAGUUUCUGUAUAUUGGAUAAAAAAUAACAACACAACUGUUUGUGGCUAUCAUUUAAUUGACCACAAAGAUCAAACUAUCUCAGGAUCUUGUGAACCUCGUUUUUCAUUGAAUACAACGCAUUUCUUUCUAAGCAUAGAUAAUGUUGAGUUCAGUGACGCUGGUAAUUACACCUGUAAAACAUCGAGAAUACUUCCACCACCAACAAUUGAUUACAUCUCAUAUGCAAUACUUCAUGUUGAAGGUCUCUCAAUGCAGCGACUGAACAGCAGUAACGCCACCUGUGUCCAUCUGCUCUGCUCUUUGGAGGGUCUGAAUCCUGCGCGGGUGAACUUCACCUGGAGUAUAGAAGGUCAAAACAUAUAUCAUCCAUCCACCUCUUCUGAUAUGAGCAGUGAGCUGCAUCUGUGUAAACCAGAGUGGAUAGGAGGAGACACAAUCACCUGUAACGCCAGUUACUUGAGCACCAAAAGACUUUACAGCCAAAGUAUACUGCUCACAGAUGAUGUCACAGAUGAUGUCACAGAUGAUGUCACAGAUGAUGUCACAGGUGAGGUCACAGGUGAGGUCACAGAACGUCAUAUCAACAAGUCUGUGCUGAUAAUCGCAUGCAGUGGUGUUGCAGGGAUCAUCUUCUGCCUGAUCAUCACUAUUGUGCUGUGCAAAUAUAAAGCCAGAAAGAAAAGAGAUGGAAUAAUUUUUAGCAAUAAAAUCUACGAGAACUUCAGUUUCGCCACGGCGCGCCAGACUGCACAGGCCAUUCCUAAACCACAGACAGUCGAGUGCAUAUAUGAGAACUAACUUAGUUCAUACAUAACAUACAGUCACACUGAGCCUAAACUUGUUUCAAAGGAUUUGCAAUGUAGGCUAAACUGUGAUUUUCUGGUGGUUUUACUUAGAUAUCUGAAGGUGCUGCAACGCGUUCUCACAGUAUUGUUAAAAAUGCUUCCUUGUAAAAAGAAUAGCAUGCACUUUAAAAACAAUCAGUAUUUUUUUUGUCAUUUUGUUCUCAUGUACUGUAUAGGCUCACUAAACUAGUAUGUGUCUUGAGUUUGUGAUUAUGGGCAGGGACUUUACAUCUGUUUUCUUAGAUAAAGUGCUACGACAUUAUUACAAACUCUCUUUGCACUUUUUGUCAUAUGAAUUAUUUUUGGUACAGUAUUUAAACUAAUUGUGCUGUAAUGUUGUAUUUACUUGUAAAUAAAU